GCCAGUUGCCACAGAAUAAACUACUGCUAUCAUCAAAAGAUAUGUUUAUCAAUGAAUCUGAGAUAUAAUCUUAGAAUGAAAUCAAUAAAUCAUAGUAAAAUGGAAUUUUAUUAUUUAGACGUUCUUAAAAUAAUUAAUCUUCUACUUCAUUCAAUAGUUUUAACGAAAUGCUCUGUUGAGAACUUUGAAAUUAUUAGAGGCAUCCCAAUAGGAAAUGCUAAACUAUAUCCCCAUGGCAAGGACUUCUCUUGUUUGGAUGGCACUUUAACUAUUCCUUAUUCAUAUAUUAAUGAUGAUUAUUGUGAUUGCAUUGAUGCAAGCGACGAGCCAGGUACCUCAGCAUGUCCAAAUGGCACAUUUUACUGUACAAAUAAAGGACAUUUUCCUCUUGUUGUGCCGUCAUCACGUGUAAAUGAUGGAAUUUGUGAUUGUUGUGAUGGGUCUGAUGAAUGGGCUAAUAAUGUUCAAAAAAAUGCUUGUCAGAACACAUGUGAAAGUCAUAGCUACGAAGCUAGAAUUGAAGCGAAUAGAGUAGAUAAUUUAUAUGCUCAAGGAUUUAAAAUAAGAGCACAACUCAUUACUAAAGGCAAAUAUCUUUUAUCACAGAAACAGAAUAAGAUUCUCCACCUCUUGACCAAAAUAAAACAAGCUCAGUUAAAUAGAAGCAGUAUGUUUAGUAAAAAAGAAAUGGCUAAAAACAAAGAAGAAAAAGCAAUAGAGGAGGAAAAAUCAAACCAACAAAAUAAAGCAAUUAAAAUAUUUAAUGAAAUUGAUACUAAUAAAAAUAACAAAAUUGAAGUGAAAGAAGUAAUUCCUUACAGUACUUUUGAUCAAAACCAAGAUGGCUUGGUUUCACAAGAUGAAAUUUAUUACUUGAUGGAAAACAAAAAGGAACUUGAUCUAAAAGAUUUUGUGUCAAAUGGCUGGAAUCGUGUAAACCUGUUAACUUUUACAAAAUCUUUUGACAAAAACCAACAUCUAACUAAAAAAAAUGUUGAAAAAGAAAUCCUAAAUCAAGAUUUUAAUCGUAAUUUCAAGAAUGAAACUGAAAAAUAUAAUAUCGAAGAUAUCGAAGCUGUAAAAAUUAAUGAACUAUUAUACACUGAAAAAACCAAAAUCAUAAUUGAUGAAUCAAAAAAGGCUCAAAAACAAUUUGAAGAAUCUGACAGAAUAGUUAAAAAUCUUCAGAAACAAUUAUAUGAAUUACAAAAAUCAAUUAGUAAAAAUUUUGGUCCUGAUGACGAAUUUGCUGCUUUAGAUGGACAAUGCUAUGAGCUAACUAAUGAUGAAUACAUUUAUAAAUUAUGUCUAUUUGAAAAGAUAACUCAAAGGCCAAUAAAGGGAGGACCUGAAAUAAACUUGGGUAUCUGGAAAGAUUGGACAAACUUUAUCAAUAACAAACCUCAAUAUCAUACUAUGCUUUAUGAUAGAGGAAAAUACUGUUUGAAUCAUUACCAAAGAUUUGCUUAUGUUCACUUAAAUUGUGGCUUAAAACCUAAACUUAUAUCGGUGUCAGAGCUUAACCGAUGUGAAUACUUAAUUGAAUUUGAAUUGCCCUCAGUAUGUGUUAUACAAGACACUAAAUAUUUGAAAGAACUUGAACGAGAAGAAUUAUAACCAUCAAUAUAUAUACUUAAACCAUUAUUGUGCUAAAGUAAUUUUUAUUCCUCAUCAAUUAAAAAUUUUCAAACAUAUUUAUAAAAUGAUUUGCAUGAUAUAUGUAUAUUAUAUAGGUGUUAUUUUUUUUUAUAGUGAUAGUACUAGAUACUAAGAUGCUAUUGCAUAAAUUAAUGCCAUAAUAUAAAAUAUACUAUACUAUG